AGACAGAGAAGGAAAUUUCAGAACACUGAAGAGGGGAUUACGGCGCAAGUACACGGGGUCCGCUUCGGUUUUACCAGAGAUGAACUUUGUCCUGACCGGAAGCAUUUCUCGACAUGGGCAAGUUUGCCAUGGGAGUCUCAGCUGAGCGGAGAAUUUGCACAGCAAUGGGUGGAUUGAUUGGAAUGGCACCGAAGUACGCGAAGCGGGGCGAUCGUAUUGCGAUCAUGAUGGGAUGCGAUAUGGCGUUCGUGCUUGGACCCAACGGCGAGAACUACGGAUUCGUCGGGGCUGCGUUCGUGGAGGGACUCAUGAAAGGGGAGGCCAUUGAAAGGGUUGAACAAGGGGAGCUGACACUUGAGAUGAUUCGGAUAUGUUGGUUCAAUCAUAAAAUACAAUGUAUGGAGCAGUGGGAUCGUAUGGAAUCAAUUGUUUUUCGCGCCACAACCUUUUCCAGGUCAUUUGAUCUAUAACAAAGAUAAAUAGAAUGGAGCCCACAUGAACGGCCAAGUACAUUCUUGAGCCAAAGGUAAGAUGAAAACCGGGAGAUAAAUGACCGACAUGGAAAAUGACCUUUGGAGCUGAGUAGGUUAG